AUCGGGUUACAGUCAGGCUGGAGCCGCUGAAGAGAGUGCGAUUUGGACACGGCCAAAGAAAUACACCGGCAUGCAAGAAAGCGCUUGGAUUGUGAAUCACUGAGCAAGCUGACUUCACCUUGUUUGGUUUUAUCCACCCGCACGAGUGCUUUGUUAUUGUUAUUAUCAUUUUUUAUUUCUGGCCAAGGAGCGCGUCCGAGUCGGAGCACAUACCCGGCGGGGACGCACGCCGAGCAGCCCCUGGAGACCGGAGGGGUAUUUACAAUAGAAACUCACUUCAUUCCCAAUAAGAAUAGCGGGGAGUGACAAAGCACCCUGGAAUGUCUUGGAGCUUUUGGACCCCCAACUGGACUUGUGACUGAUGGAUGGAUGUGGAGGCAGCGACAGGUACCAGUAGACCGACAAAGAGCGAGAUUUGACAACGCUGUCUCGCUGUGCGUCCCUAGCCUUUAAAAGCUACAAUUUUUUCUAGUUUAAUUCUCUUGACCAGAAGGUCGCCGCUCGUGCACCAGCAGCCACAGGCCGUCCAGGACACUUGUCGUGCACCGAAAGCGAGGGUUCAGUCAAGGACACUGGGCCCGGACUAGAGCUCACGAAGUUGGCCACAAGGACAUGACUGUAAUCGCGAGCUCACAUGCUCCCGACUGACUGACGCUCACCUUCUCACCGGCCCACACUCUCAUAAAGGCUGUCCGACUCCGCGCUGCCGUGCUGGGCUUUGCGUCCCAACCUUCUCGGCUCCCACUCUGUGUGUGCGUGCGUGCGUGUACAUUUAUCAGCAUGGCACUACUGGCUUGUUGGAAGUAUUACCUCUGGAUCUUUAUCUUGACGUGUAGAACGGUGCUACUUUCAGCCAAAUCCCUGGAGAGCAUCGUUUGGAGCUCGCAAAAUCCCAAAUUUGUUGCUGGCAAAGGCCUGAUUAUCUACCCAGACAUCGGGGACAAGCUGGAUAUCAUCUGUCCCAGAGCGGACCAAGGCCGAGAAUAUGAAUACUACAAGCUGUACUUGGUCAAGAGAGAGCAGGCGGAGAGCUGCAGCACGGUCCUUGAUCCGAAUGUCUUGGUCACCUGCAAUAAGCCAGAGAAGGACAUCAAGUUUACCAUCAAAUUCCAGGAGUUCAGCCCCAACUACAUGGGCCUGGAAUUCAAGAGGAACGUCAACUACUACAUCACAUCAACCUCCAAUGGAACAGUAGAGGGCCUGGAGAACCGCGAGGGAGGCGUCUGCAAGAGCCGAGCCAUGAAAGUCAUUAUGAAAGUCGGACAAGUCCCAAAUGCAGUCAACCCUGCAGCGCCAGAGGGUCCGCAAGAUAACGCCAUACCGGACUCUAGCCCAAAUCCUCUAGACCCGGAUCGAUUGGGACCUGAGAUGCCAGGAAAUCCUGACACAAUAAACCAGGACCAGUCCAAUUCCUCUGCAAACUCGGACGGCAUCCUGGGCUCCAAAGUGGCCAUGUUCUCGGUCAUCGGGGCGGGAUGUAUCAUCUUCCUUUUGCUUAUCCUCCUCCUGGUCAUUCUGCUCAUCAAGAUGCGCAAACGGGCCAGGAGAAACACACACUCGCAGCCCCGCCCCUCCGCAUUAUCACUCAGCACGUUGUCCAAUCCCAAGAUGCCCGGGGGCACUGCUGGCACGGAGCCCAGUGACAUCAUCAUUCCGCUGCGGACAGAGAACAACUACUGCCCUCACUAUGAGAAGGUGAGCGGCGACUAUGGGCACCCGGUCUACAUCGUUCAGGAGAUGCCCCCUCAGAGCCCCGCCAACAUCUACUACAAAGUCUGACGCUCAGCAGCGGAAGCAGCCCAGAGGAGAUUCGGAUUUCUGUUCUUGAAAGAACACUGCUAUUUGUUGUGGGGACUUGAUAGUUACUUCAAGCCUGUGUUAUUUCUACCACCUGCUGCACAAAUCUGGAGAGAUGCGCACGGACGAAUAUCUAGACUGAUGAGAGAGAUUUAUUCUGUGGGUUGUUAUUCUUUGGCUUGUUUGGAAAUCCCCCCCUUACUUCCUCCUCCCUUCACCUCCCGCCUAGUGUGUCUCCGUUGAGGGGUGGCGGAGGUGCGGGUGGCUGGAGCGAAUCAAAAGAUGGAACUUUCUGGUUUGCUGUCCCCCUUUAAUGAACCGGAUGUAACCCUAACUGGCUCCCUGACGCUACAACACACAAACCUUGCACGCUAGCCAGGAACAGGCAGUUUGUGUUGCACGCGCGUGUGUGUCCGUGCGUGCACCUGCGUGUCAGAGGGGGUUCCAUGCCGGGCCGGGCCGGAGAACUUUCCAGAUAGCUCAGGUAUCAGACACAGUGUGUGACAUAUUGUGUUCCUGUCCCUUCGCAGCUCGGAUAUUUGCCUUACUAUUUUUGAUGGAGGACUUCCCUGAUUCAGUUCACAAAGCAGUUGUAUUUUGUUAGACUUUUCCUACAAGUGCACAAUGUAUAGAGUUGAAUAGCUUAUCAUUAUUAUUACUCAUCACACCCCUCAUGUCAUCCAUCACAGUAGAAACCUGCGCCGUUGCUAUCAAGGGAGUGUGUCUUUUUUCCCAUGAUCUUUGCUAUUACUCUGGUAUUUAUGACCUACUUAUGUGUAUUUUAGGGUGCGUCCUGUGUGUGUGUGCGUGUGCGUGUGUGCGUGCGUGCGCAUGUGUAUGUUUGGGCAUGCCCAGACCUGGGACCUGAAACGACCUACUUGCUUGGGGAGUUAGAACAGUCGAGUUUCUGUAUUGGAAGCUUAGAAAACAAGAAGCCAAAUUCCUCCAGCAUUCCACUUGGAUCUAUUUGAACAUGUCAUUAUUUCUGGUGAGCGUGGAGGAUUUUUGUUUAAAAAAAAAAAAAAAGGCAACAGACGUGUGUUUGCUCCAGUUUGUGGUGCAAUGGUGCAAGUAAGCAGUUUGGUCUAAGGGGUGGUUGGCCUACAUAGUUAGGUUAUCCUAUGUAAGUUGAAUGCCUAACCACAGAUGGAUACACUAUCGUCUGAUGCCAAUUGGCUGCCAUCUGUUGAUGAGUCAGUAGAGUUCACACUAAUAUGUGCCAUCUCAAUGCCCACGUUCACCAGCCGGGGAGGAGAAAAUGUCGGGAGUUGGCUUUAAUUAUGGAGGAAGACGGCAAGCUGAAAUAGUUUUCUUUCUCCAGGCUCACACUGGUUCUGGUGGGAAUUAGGGGGGGGGGGGGGGGGGGAGCAUAAAAUUCCACGGUUAAGGUGUCAAGCCCGUGAGGAUAGUGCAGCUGACUUAGCAGCAGCAGCACCGGGAGCUUGUAUUUGUGCGCACUGCAGCUGUAGCACACAUGUCACGUUGGACUUAAUUGCUUGUAUUUGCAGUUUGUGUGUGUGUGGACGCUUUUGUGGUUGAGCAGACCUGUUUGGGGACAGGAAAUAGGUGCUCAGCCUGGCCGCCAAAGUUAGGAGCACGUAAUGAUGUGUAAGGGGAGAGGACGGCUAUUCCUCAGCAUGCAAGCUGACACACACGUGCGCACACGGACACAUUAAGACUGACGGGUCCAGGUUGAUCUCCGGGUCAGACUGCCGCUUGGUGUUUACUCACCGUCAGAGGCACCUAUCAUCUUCAGCCACAUCCAUGGAUGUUAGCCGCUGAGUUAAAAGGCAGCCCCGUUCGAGAAGCCCGGGAAAGACUCUUGCGUGUCGUUAACCUCAGAGUUAACAACCUAAACAGCUGCCUGGGCUUUUGUGGUCCUGUGUUUUAACUCAGCAUGCAGCCCUCAGCGUUCCUCUGCAAAAAACAUUGACAUCAAAUAUUUUGCUUUCGGAUCAGCGUGCCCCCACCUUCACCAGCCAAGGGAGUCAUUACCACAUCACCGCAAACCAUAUUUCAUUUUCAUCCAUACUCGUGACCACUUAAUCUUAUUCAAAUUGGGGGAGAAACAUUAAAAGAGAAAUGUAAAUAUAUGCAUAGAGCCCAAUUGAAGAUGUAAUUUCACCUGAACACUGCUUAUAAGUAAAAAAAAAAGAACGAAAAUAAAAUUAGAAUUUUGUAAUGGAGGAUAUUUGUAAAUAGCUGUCUUUCUAAAAUGUGUUUUAUAUGACUCCUUCUUGUCUCACUUUGCAAUACGUCUGUUUUUAUUUCUUCCCAAGUCAGCCAUGUUAUUGCAACAAUGCUGUCUUCUUUUGCAGUGUCCAGUGUUGUCUUUGUUACCGCAAGUGUUGCAAAAAAAGAAAUAGCUGAGGGUUCAGAGUUUUGACGUGGCCAUUCAACAUGCUUCUUGUUGUGUGGGACACUGAGCGGCUUUGAAAAGGAGAGUUCAUUCCAACCACCAAUGACAAAAUCCUGCCCAUGUUGCAAGCAGCACUUAACCAUGAUAAACGAAUACUUUGAUCAAUUCCGGUGUUUAUGAGUUACCUACACUUCUGCCUACGGUAUACAGUAUAGCAAAACAAUGAAAGAUGAAACUCGUGUCAGACACACACACGCAGGUGCGAAGAGGCGGGGGAGGAGAGGAAAAAGAAAAGGGGCCAUGUAUGACAGUGUGACCGCUCUCCAAUAAAUCAUCCGCUUCCCACCGCUCAUUAUCUCCCAGGCUGUCCUUUGUUUUCCUUUUUUUUUCUUUUUGCCGCCACCUCCCUCAGACCUUGUCAUCCUUCUAAUUUAGCACGUGGAUGUUGCUCGCCAUGAGCCUCACCGUAGGCCGAUGUCUGCCAUUGUUCAAAGCCACAGUAUUAUUUUUCAGUGUGCAUGUAUAAGCAAAAGCUGUUAAAAUUGUUUCCCUAUGUUUGAAUCAUUACUGUCACAUUUUAUUAUUUGAUUUCAGUUUUUAUUUUGCAUCCAUUUUUUUCUUUUUUUUGCCGCUUCUCAGCGUAACCUAUCGGCACCAGCUACAACGGAACGACAACGUUCCGCCAGUUUGGAAAAUACUGCAUAUUGAUGAAUAAAUUUUUCCCAUGGAACUUGG